CAUUGCUGUCAUUAGUGUCAGUACAAGAAGCGGUUGGGUGGGAUUACUGACUAGCCCAGCUGCUUUACCUCGUAAUUGUAGUAAUUUUUCGGUAUUGCCUCGGGUUGUGUAAAUGAAUCAUAGGGUUCAAUAUUUUCAGAGCUGUAGUGUGUUAAUAAAUCAUAUUCGGGUCGAAGUUGAACUUUAUAACGUUUGUUCACAAUUUUUAUCGUUGGAAAGUCCACAGCAGAUUUGAAAGAGACGGGCAGUGCUUACCCAAGUGUUUGAAUCAAUCCAAGAAUUGAGAAAAACUCGUAUAACUGUAUCUUUAUUUUGGUUUGGGUUUACGACUAUUUGCGGUUUAGAUUGAAGCAUAGCCCAGGAUAUUUAACGCUUUAGAAGGUCUGGAACUUAUCAUUGACCGGUGUGCAUAUUCGCCACUAGUAAAGCCAUCAUAACAGUUUUAUUUUUGUCAAUGUCAGCUGUCAUAGAAGUUUUACAUUGAAUCCAAAAAUGUCUGAUGAUGGGUUUUCGGAUGGUUUUGAUGAAUCCAGCAUAGAAAUUCAGGUCGAAACUCUGAUGGGCACAACCUUUGACAUUAAAGUGUCUUGCAAUGAUACUAUUGGAGCUAUCAAGAAGAAGAUUUGCAGGGUUAGAGGCAUUCCAGUAAAUCAUCAAAGGUUACUAUUCCAAUCAAAUGAACUAAAGGACACCACAACACUAUGCGAUUCAGGUUUAGAGAAUGGUUCGACUUUAAUUCUAGUGAAUUCAAUGCGUGGAGGGCCGAUAAUCAUGAGGAAAUUGCCGGGAAGCACCGAACAAUAUUUAUUAAAGGAACUGACCGGGAUUUUGCAUAACGCUGGAGAGGAAAUGCUACGAUCUAACGUAUCCCUAAUCCUGUUCAGGAAAGGUGAUAUCAUUAACUUUCUACGUGUGAUCGAAAAUGAAGACGGGACUUAUUCACCAUAUAGCGACAACCCGAUUUCACCGCCUUCCAAACCAUCACGCAAAGAGAAAAUAGAUGUUUUCGAUAGGCUCAGUGAAGAUACAGAAAUGUGUACUAAGAUCGCUACGUUACGUAAAAAUAUGAAGGAAUUGAAUAUGAAAAAGCGUAUUAGAAGUAGGUUCUCCAAUGCCGAUUGUGCUACUGCGGGUCAGGAUGCGAUAGGUGGUGAGAAACCAAAUGCGAAUGAUGAAGAAAAUUACGAUUCAUAUAAAUUGAUGGAAGAAUGUGCUGUGGUUUCCUUAGAUAACUUUAAUUUAACUAUAUUCGAAAACACUAUGUAUGAAGCAAGUCAGUCUGAAAGUGAAGAGAUUGCUCUUAAAGAUAAACAUCGUACGAAACCUAAGGUAAUUCAAACAGUUCCUGCCAAAGAAUCAACCUCAAAACAUAUCUGUAACGAGAAGAAACUCCAAGAGACUCAACCCCGAGAAAAUUUAUCCAAAACUUCGAAAAGACGGGAACUCUCAACUGAAAAAUUUGAGAGAAGUCCUGAGGGUUAUUUAACGUUCUCCAGGAAUAGAAAUUUAGAUAAAAUUGAUGAUUGUCAGACUUCCAGUCGUAUGAACAGUAAAAGUACGAAUUACGACGAAACGUUGCGCAGUUUAGAUAUCAGUCUUGGUAAUUCUUGUGUUUUGCCUAGACUGACCAACUUAGAAAACAAAGAAGAAGUGUCGUUGACGUUAAAAAAUAGCCAAAACCAAUUUCUAUUAGAGGGUUUACACUCUAAUAAAUUGCCAGAUUUGCAAAUAUUGGAAACAGAUCAUUUUCUUACCAAGGACAUAGGAGAUAGAGAUCAGAUAGCAGAAAACAAUGUAGGAUGUAAUCCGAAUAAAACGGAUAAUGGCAUUUUAAAUAUACCAGAAGCAAACACUGUAGGAAUGAGUUCAUCAAGAUGUAUCGAUGCUGCUAAGCGUUUGCCAAAUUUGACCAAUAGGAUUGGCAGAAGAGCAUUUGGUUCGUUUACUCCAGAUUUAACCUCAAGAAAGUCAAACACAAUGGGAAGUCGAACUGCAAAUUCGGCCAGUCUCAUGAGUUCAGUUCCUUUAGCCAGUAAUUACUACAUGCCAAGUGGAAAUAGACCGUCCCGACCGCCUUCAACUAUAUCGCCUCGUAGUAUGGGAAGUGUUCAAAAUAAGCAAUGCGAACAUAGGAGCUACACAAUGGAUGGUGUAGGCAAUAUAGUUUCUCAUUCAAGCAACAGUCUCGAUACUUCGGUUCGAAAUUUUACAAGACUUGAACCUAUAAAGAAUCUGACUAGCAGUAGAUGCGAAAGUCCUGUAUCGGGAGCCGCUGGCGGUACGUCUGUAGAAGAAAUGAGUGCUCAGUUCGCAGAACAAUUACAUCUGCUCGAUGGCGAAUCUGCUACAGACGUGUAUGAAGAAAGUUUGUCUGUUCGUACACGGAACAGGGUUCACCUAACUCGGUUAUUAAUUGCGUCUGAAGGAACCGAAAGGUCAAAAAGUUCAUCAGAUGGCAUCGAAUUGGACAAACAUACUCAGGACUUUUGGGAAAUUCACGAAUCUGUCAGUAAUAGAUUAAAGCGCAGUGCCACCUGUAAGGUUGGAAUGCUGCAACGACGCCAAGAAGUCGAAUAUAACUACGACAGCUUGGGUAAUUCACAGACCAAUAUGAAACCCGACAUAGGAAAUUUUUCAAAAUCAUCUAGCGAUAUUGGAGUAUGUUCAGGAUCGGCGAAUUACUGCAUACCGCAAUACAUGGCGGCACCCAGUGCCAUUCCACCACAGUAUGCGCCAAAACACCAUCCUAAAUAUUGUGAUUUAUUUUUUACGGAUGAACCUCGAUCGCCUUUAUAUAGCAGAAAAAAUAAAAAGGAAAAUUUAGAGAAUAAGGAGCAAGAAGAUAAGAAAAGUAGACAGAAUUCUGAAAACGAUUGUUCCAGCAUUCAGAGGAUAAAAAAUGAUGAAACUUUAUUCGAAUCUAGAAAAGAAAUUAAUGCUGAUGGCUUAAUUGGAUAUUAUAAUUUAGGCUGUUCCACUGAUGUUAUAGAAAAAGCUGAGGAAUUAGAAACAGUUGUAAAAUUACCGGCUGUGGUGAAAAAGAAAUCAAGAUGUAAUCAUUGUAAUAAGCGACUUAAUAUCACAAAUAUUUAUGACUGUAGAUGUGGAAAAAUAUUCUGUUCUCAGCAUCGAUAUUCUGAAGUUCACAGUUGCACAUACAAUUACAAAACAGAAGGUAGAAAACUUUUAGAACGACAGAAUCCAUUGGUAACUGCCGAUAAGGUGCAGAAGUUUUAAAGAAAAAUGGAUAGAAGAAAACAUAUUAAGAAGAGUGCCUCUUGUGUAUAUUUUUCAGUUCACUAUUUACGCUGUAUUGUCGAUACUAUCAAAAUAAUAUUAAACUAUUACCCGGUUUUACUUCACUGCUGAAAUAUACGUUUAAUUAAUUGCUUAUAUUCAAUAGGUUAGGUGUUUUAUUAGUUUGAUUAAAUAUUAUAGCGGUUACCAAGUUUAGAUGAAGAAGAUAAUUAAUCUUUUUUUCUAUGUAACGGGAGUUGAUUUCAUGGUUAGUCACUGAUACCAUGUAAUAAAUGUUAUAUUUUGGAAAACUCCGAGUGUCCUAAAGUGAUAGAGCAUCAGGAGGCUCAAAAUAGGGGCAUUAUAGCAAAUGUGGUUUUUUCUGUUUGGCUAAUAUCCUCUUUUAACACGUUCAAAAUAAUACAAAAAUACUAAAUUUACUAAAAAACGAAUUUAAACUGUUAAAUUAAAAAUAAGGUUGUAGACUUUGCUUAUUCACUGAUUUCUAUAUCUGAAUUUACAUUUAUUCAGCUGCAUUCAUCCUACACGGUCGAACUUAACAUUUCUAUUCGAUACAAUUUUGUGCGUAGUAUAAACACUCUUACAGUAAAAAUUAUGUUCGAUUCUAGAAUGGCGUGGUUUUCGAGUGUAUCGUUUUUUUUUCUGAAAUUGACAAGAAUAUUUUUUUCACAAUGAAACCUUUAUACAUUUUGUGUGAUUUUAAAAUUCUUUAAAGCGAAAUUUGAAGAUCGGAUUAAAUCUGAAAUUUUAUGCGAUUUUCAAAUUCCAUUCCAAUUCCAUUAAGAAAAAAUAAAAUCCUGGAAAUUUCACAAAAACGAGACACUUUACAAUCGUUCACAGUCAGAUCUUGCGUAAGUUGUUACCUAAGUGCACAAAAUUUUAUACAAAAUCGGGUGAGCGGACUGCGAGAUGUUCUGAUUAUUUCAUACUUGUGUUUCACACUGUACGAGCAUAUUCAUAUGAAUUACAUUGUCUGUUAAAAAUGAAAUCAGUAACUUCACUUUUUUCCAUACAAAAUACUAUUUUGCCCCUUUUGUAUGCUCCAUCAAUUGUGAGCACUACCUUUGGCAGAUAAACGAGAACGUUAAUUAGGCAAUGAAUUAAAGUUGUGAAGCUAAAUUGAAAACCAAUUUUAGGUUUUCUAACUUUAGCAGUCAUCAACAGAUGUUAAACAACUAUGAUUUUACUAUUUAGUUGUAGGAUGUUUUAUUUUUAAUAAAGUUGCUUGUAAAAAUGUUUCCAACCAUAUGUCUUAUAGAUGUGGCAUAAACUUGUUUAUUAAACCGAA